AUCCUGCUGCUUUCUGUUUUCAUGAAAAGGAGACGACCGAGGAAUUUCCCUCCGGGACCUUUGAUCCUGCCCUUCCUGGGCAACCUACUCUACAUUGAUGUCAAACAGCCUCAUAUCGCCAUUGAGAAGCUUGCUGAGAAAUAUGGCAACAUUUUCAGCACGCAGAUGGGUAGCAUGACAUUUGUGAUUGUAAAUGGAUUCCAGCUGGUGAAGGAAGUGCUUGUCCAUCAGGGCGAUGACUUUCUUGAUCGACCACAAUUUCCUGUUAUCCAUGAAUUCUUCAAGACAUUUGGUGAGUUUUCUUCCAGUAUUUCUCAC